CUCUUGGCUCCUGUCAUAAAAAGUUCCGCACAGAGGUUGAUUUCUAGUCAAAUAAUGUCGGCUUUGACCAACAACGCACAUCGACUUCUUUUGCUAGGAAUAAAGGCGACUCGGAAACCCUCCUUCGCACGGCCUUUUCCGUCUUCGAGAGCGUACGCUGCGUCUACGCGAACAUGGACACCAAAGACGUCAACUCCAUCCUCCCGUCCGCCCAAGGUAGUGAAGGCAACUGCUAGUACGAGCGUAGCAGAUAUAUCUGAAGCUGUGAAUGGAAGUAUUCCACCUGAGACCGUGCCUUCUUCUGCAUCUCUGUCUUCACCUUUCCCUGGCGAUUUUCCAGCAGCAAGCGACAUUGGGUCCACUGAUUGGUCAACCAGUUACCAUGGACUCUCUGUGCAAGCCUUCUCAAAGGAUAUCGCUAAUAUUCUGUUGGCUCCUGUGGAUGACAUGGAUAUAGAGAUGAAGCCAGAUGGCUUGAUCUACCUUCCAGAAAUAAAGUAUCGUCGCGCCCUCAACAAGGCAUUUGGACCAGGCGGAUGGGGACUCGCACCUCGCAGUGAGACAAACGUUGGGCCCAAGGUCGUCAGCAGGGAGUAUGCGCUUGUCUGCCAGGGCCGCUUGGUAGCAGUUGCCCGCGGUGAACAAGAAUAUUUCGAUCCAUCCAAUAUUCCUACGGCAACGGAGGGCUGUAAGAGUAAUGCCCUCAUGCGAUGCUGCAAAGAUCUUGGAAUAGCAAGCGAGCUUUGGGAUCCGCGCUUUAUUCGCGAGUUCAAAGCUAAGUAUUGCGUUGAAGUAUUUGCAGAGCACGUUCCAACGAAAAAGAAGAAGAAAUUGUGGAGACGUAAGGACCAGCCGAAAUUUGAUUACCCCUGGAAAGAGUAGACCUAUACAACAUAUAAUCACGUCUUUAAUCUUCGGGAUGUGGCUUGUCCAGCACUGGUAUGUAUCCCUUCGA